AUGUCGGGCCAGGCCAGCCAGGCCUUUGUCAUGGCCGGGAAUGCUGGAGCAGUACCUGAAUCAGGUCUCGCCUACACCUCCCAGCCGUCCCUGUCGCAGAUCCCGGUGCGCGCCCGACCGGGCGCUGUCUCGGCGCAGAGCGCGACGGGCGCGGACAUCCACGCGACGAUGUCGGGCCCGGCAGCUCUGAUGGGUGGCUCGUUGCUGGGGCUGUGUGCAAGUUCCACGCGCUCCAAGCGCAGCUCCAAGCGCAGCUCCAAGCGCACAGCCCUGCACGUUGCCACGGCCGACGUCCAGACGCUGAACGCUCCAGACGGGGAGGACGAGAUGAUGGCAGGUGUUUCCGGUGGCGCCAUGGGUGGCUACACGCAGUCAAAUGUGGCUGCGCGCCGUGUGGUCCCCUCUGAGGCACAGCGGCAGGGCCGGAAGUACGUGAAAGUGGUUUACGUCGUUCUGGAGUCCCAAUACCAGUCGGCGAUGACGACUGCCAUCCGUCAGAUCAACAAGUCGCCGGGCCCAGUUUGCAUGGAGUGCGUGGGCUACUUGCUGGAGGAGAUCCGGGAUACCACCAGUGAGGAGCAGUUGGCCAAGGACCUAGAUGACGCCAACAUCUUCAUCUGCUCCUUGAUCUUCGUGCAGGAGCUGGCCGAGAAGCUCGUGAAGAUAGUAGAGCCCCGCCGUGAGAACCUGGACGCGUGCCUCUGCUUCCCCUCCAUGCCGGAGGUGAUGAAGCAGAACAAGCUUGGCACCUUCGACCUGACCCAGAUUGCCGGAGGGCCCCUGGGCAGUUUCGCGCAGCAGGUCAAGGACCUGCGCCAGAAGUCUCUCUCCAAGAACAAGCCGGCCUCGGGUGGCAAUUUCCAGGAUAGCCUCCUCAAGCUCGUCCGAACCUUGCCAAAGGUCCUGAAGUUCUUGCCAGGAGAUCAGGCCAAAGAUGCCAGGACCUUCGUCCUGUCACUGCAACAUUGGCUUGGUGGAACGCCAGAGAAUCUGGAGGCAAUGCUCUUGCGAGUGGCCGGCGGCUACGUUGCCGGCGUGGAGGACAUCGACACGGAUGCGCUGAUGGAGCCUGUGGUCCUGCCAGACAUGGGAAUUUGGCAUCCGCUUGCCCCGCAGAUCUUCGACAGCAUGAGCGAGUACAAGGAGUGGUACGACAACGUGCAUUGCCCUGCUUCGGGCAUUCUCCCAAACGCGCCAACCAUCGGGCUUGUCUUGCAGAAGUCGCACAUCGCGACCAAGGAUGAUGGCCACUACGUGGGCGUCGUGCAGGAGUUGGAGCGCCGUGGCGCACGUGUCGCGUGCACCUACACCGGCGGGCUGGACUUCUCGGUGCCGGUCCAGGAGUAUUUGGCUGGACCUACUGGUGAAGGAAUGGUGGAUGCCCUUGUGAACCUGACCGGCUUCUCAUUGGUUGGUGGCCCGGCAUCUCAAGAUGCCAAGAAGGCCAAGGAGGUCCUCAUGAAGCUCAACCGACCCUAUCUGGUUAGUGUUCCGCUGGUCUUCCAGUCCUUCACGGAGUGGCAGAACAGCCAGCUGGGUCUGCACCCGGUGCAGGUGGCCUUGCAGGUCUCUCUGCCCGAGAUUGAUGGUGCCAUUGAGCCCUUGAUCUUCUCAGGGCGCGAUGGCACCAGUGGCCGCUCCAUCCCUAUGCAGGACCGCAUCGGCGCAGUGGCGACCCGGGCCAUGAACUGGGCAAACCUGCGCCAGAAGCCCAACUCGGAGAAGAAGCUGAGCAUCUGCGUCUUCCAGUUCCCCCCAGACAAGGGCAACGUUGGCACGGCCGCAUACCUUGAUGUCUUCGGCAGCAUCUACGCAGUAAUGGGCGAGUUGAAGAAGCAGGGCUACACCAUCGAUGACAUGCCUGAGAAUGCCGAGGGCUUGCAGAAGUCCAUCCUGGAGGACCCGGAGGCUGCGAUGUCCAUGUCGGACUUGAACGUCGCCUACCGCAUGAGCGUGGACGAGUACGAGGAGCUCUGCCCUUUCGCCACGGACCUGCGUGAGAACUGGGGCCCUCCGCCCGGGGAGUUGAACACCGAUGGCCGGGACAUGCUGAUCUACGGCAAGCAUUUCGGAAACAUCUUCCUCGGCGUGCAGCCCACGUUCGGCUACGAGGGUGACCCGAUGAGGCUGCUCUUUGCCAAGUCGGCAUCUCCUCACCAUGGCUUCGCUGCCUUCUACACGUACCUGGAGUUCAUCUUCAAGGCCGACGCCCUGCUCCACUUCGGAACCCACGGAUCCCUGGAGUUCAUGCCGGGGAAGCAGGUGGGUAUGUCGGGCAGCUGCUAUCCGGAUCGCCUCAUCUCAGUGCUGCCCAACCUGUACUACUAUGCUGCGAACAACCCCUCGGAGGCCACCAUCGCCAAGCGCCGCUCUUACGCGUCCACGAUCUCCUACCUCACGCCGCCCGCUGAGAAUGCCGGCCUCUACAAGGGUUUGAAGGAGCUCAGUGAGCUGGUGAAGUCCUACCAAGGCCUCCGUGAGAACGAGCAGCGAGGUGCCUCGAUUGUGAACAGCAUCGUGGCAACGGCUCGGCAAUGCAACCUGGACAAGGACAUUGACGAGCUUCCCUCCGAGGAGGAGGACAUGGCGGGCGUGUCCCUUGAUGAGCGUGAUGCUGUUGUCGGAAAGGUGUACAGGCUACUCAUGGAGAUUGAGUCCCGAGCAUUGCCCAUGGGCCUGCAUCAAGUGGGCGUGCCGCCCACGGCAGAGGAGAGCGUGGCCACGCUGGUCAACAUCGCCCAGCUAGACCGUCCGGAGAUGGGCAUCAAGAGCCUGCCGCGCCUGCUCGCAGAGUGUCGGGGGAAGGACAUCGAGGCCGUCUACAAGGGCAACAACGACGGAGUCCUGGAGGACGUGGCCCUUGUGCAGGAGAUCACCUUGGCGAGUCGGGCAGCCGUCGGGGCCCUGGUGCAGCAGUCCACGAACUCGGAGGGCCGCGUGGAGGAAGUAAACCCCUUCAUGCAGGACGUCUUCAACUUCUUCUCAGGCGGCUCUGAGUACAAGAAGGCCCUUGAGGAGGUGGGCUUCGACGGUGUCAGCGAUGACGACCUGAAGCCCCUCUUCGAGUACUUGCAGGCGUGCCUCGGGGAGGUCGUGCGCAACAACGAGGUCGGAAGCCUGAUCAACGCCCUGGACGGGAAGUUCAUCGAGCCGGGCCCCGGUGGGGACCCCAUCCGGAACCCAGAUGUGCUUCCGACCGGCAAGAACAUGCACGCCCUGGAUCCCAACUCCAUCCCCACCAAGGCGGCCACGGAUGUGGCGAUGGUGGUCGUGGAUCGCCUCCUCGAUUCACUCACGGAGCAGCAGGGUGAGAUGCCCGAGUCGAUCGCCUUCACUCUUUGGGGUACCGACAACAUCAAGACCUACGGCGAGUCCUUGGCACAGGUGCUGGCGCUGGUUGGAGCACGUCCCGUUCCAGACUCUUUGGGCCGAGUGAACAAGGUGGAAUUGAUUCCGCUGGAAGAGCUGGGACGACCCCGGGUCGACGUCGUGUGCAACUGCUCCGGCGUCUUCCGUGACCUCUUCAUCAAUCAGAUGAACCUGCUCGACCGCGCCAUCAAGGCAGCAGCGGAGGCAGAUGAGCCUCCCGAGCAGAACUUCGUCCGCAAGCAUGCCAUGGAGCAGGCAGAGGAGCUCAACAUCUCUCUCAGGCAGGCGGCGACACGUGUCUUCUCCAACGCAGCGGGCUCAUAUUCUGCAAACGUUGGCAUUGCCGUGGAGAACGGCGCCAGCGUUGACGAAGAGCAGUUGCAGGAGCAGUUUGUCACUCGAAAAGGCUUUGCGCUCAGCUCAGAUGCGCCCGGGGAGCUCAUUGAGUCUUCUGGCUUGUUCAAGUCCGCCCUCAGCAAGGUGGACGUCACUUUCCAGAAUCUGGACAGCAGCGAGAUCUCGCUCACUGAUGUCUCCCAUUACUUCGACAACGACCCCACCAAGGUGGUCUCCAACCUCCGAAAGGACGGAAAGAAGCCGGCGGCUCUCAUUGCGGACACGACUACGGCCAACGCCCAGGUCCGGUCCCUCUCUGCCCAGGUCCGGUUGGACAGCAGGACCAAGCUCCUGAACCCGAAGUUCUACGAGGCGAACUUGAAGGGAGGCUACGAGGGUGUCCGAGAGAUCUCCAAGCGGAUGAGAUUUACUUUCGGCUGGAGUACGACCGCAGACGCCGUGGACAACUUCGUCUACGAGGACUGCAACACGACCUACAUCCAAGACGAGGAAAUCAAGAACAAGAUGCUGGAGGCGAACCCAGAUGCUCUGAGGGACAUGGUGCAGACCUUCCUGGAAGCCAAUGCAAAGGGCUACUGGGACACUGACGAGGAGAACAUCCAGAAAUUGCGGGAUGUCUACCAGGAGUGCGAGGACAAGAUCGAGGGCGUCGACUUUGCGGCCUGA